AUGAGGGCCAAAUAUGGCUGUCAGAUCCGAGGAGAGGCCCCUCUGAGACGGGGCAAUAAAAAGCGAGGCCAGCCGUUUUCCCUGUCCUCUGUCUCUGAGUCCUCCAUGGGUAGAGGGCAGCUCCAGUCCGCACCUGCUGCCACAGUCCCAUCCCCCAGCCCAGCCACUCAGCAGCACCUCCUCACCACCUCGCAGGUAGGUCUGCCAAGAGGGACCACUGCCUUGACCCUAACUGGUUACUAGCUAAUAACCUCUCCAGUCGGAACAGGGGCCCAUGCAAACAUAAAGCCUGGGUACACAGCUAUUUUUUCUUUCAACAGGGAUGUGACUUUAUCUGAUGAAUCAAACAUUUCUGAUUGACUUCUGAUUGAAAUUGACCUUGGCCUACACCCAAGCCCACCCUCUUUUCUCAGAUUUUCUAUGUUGUUCUGAUGCUGAUCACAUCACAUGCCUGAUUAAACAAUGCUACCUAAUUUGUCCAAACCAGGUAAGAUAAAAAAAGCAGAAACAGGCUGAUAUACAGUGGGGGAAAAAAGUAUUUAGUCAGCCACCAAUUGUGCAAGUUCUCCCACUUAAAAAGAUGAGAGGCCUGUAAUUUUCAUCAUAGGUACACAUCAACUAUGACAGACAAAUAGAGAAAAAAAAAUCAAGAAAAUCAAAUUGUAGGAUUUUUAAUGAAUUUAUUUGCAAAUGAUGGUGGAAAAUAAGUAUUUGGUCACCUACAAACAAGCAAGAUUUCUGGCUCUCACAGACCUGUAACUUCUUCUUUAAGAGGCUCCUCUGUCCUCCACUCGUUACCUGUAUUAAUGGCACCUGUUUGAACUUGUUAUCAGUAUAAAAGACACCUGUCCACAACCUCAAACAGUCACACUCCAAACUCCACUAUGGCCAAGACCAAAGAGCUGUCAAAGGACACCAGAAACAAAAUUGUAGACCUGCACCAGGCUGGGAAGACUGAAUCUGCAAUAGGUAAGCAGCUUGGUUUGAAGAAAUCAACUGUGGGAGCAAUUAUUAGGAAAUGGAAGACAUACAAGACCACUGAUAAUCUCCCUCGAUCUGGGGCUCCACGCAAGAUCUCACCCCGUGGGGUCAAAAUGAUCACAAGAACGGUGAGCAAAAAUCCCAGAACCACACGGGGGGACCUAGUGAAUGACCUGCAGAGAGCUGGGACCAAAGUAACAAAGCCUACCAUCAGUAACACACUACGCCGCCAGGGACUCAAAUCCUGCAGUGCAAGACGUGUCCCCCUGCUUAAGCCAGUACAUGUCCAGGCCCGUCUGAAGUUUGCUAGAGUGCAUUUGGAUGAUCCAGAAGAGGAUUGGGAGAAUGUCAUAUGGUCAGAUGAAACCAAAAUAGAACUUUUUGGUAAAAACUCAACUCGUCGUGUUUGGAGGACAAAGAAUGCUAAGUUGCAUCCAAAGAACACCAUACCUACUGUGAAGCAUGGGGGUGGAAACAUCAUGCUUUGGGGCUGUUUUUCUGCAAAGGGACUAGGACAACUGAUCCGUGUAAAGGAAAGAAUGAAUGGGGCCAUGUAUCGUGAGAUUUUGAGUGAAAACCGCCUUCCAUCAGCAAGGGCAUUGAAGAUGAAACGUGGCUGGGUCUUUCAGCAUGACAAUGAUCACAAACACACCGCCCGGGCAACGAAGGAGUGGCUUCGUAAGAAGCAUUUCAAGGUCCUGGAGUGGCCUAGCCAGUCUCCAGAUCUCAACCCCAUAGAAAAUCUUUGGAGGGAGUUGAAAGUCUGUGUUGCCCAGCGACAGCCCCAAAACAUCACUGCUCUAGAGGAGAUCUGCAUGGAGGAAUGGGCCAAAAUACCAGCAACAGUGUGUGAAAACCUUGUGAAGACUUACAGAAAACGUUUGACCUGUGUCAUUGCCAACAAAGGGUAUAUAACAAAGUAUUGAGAAACUUUUGUUAUUGACCAAAUACUUUUUUUCCACCAUUUUUUUUUCUCAUUUUGUCUGUCAUAGUUGAUGUGUACCUAUGAUGAAAAUUACAGGCCUCUCUCAUCUUUUUAAGUGGGAGAACUUGCACAAUUGGUGGCUGACUAAAUACUUUCCCCCCCCACUGUACAAUAGGGUAGUAUCACUCAAUAUACUGCACUGUUGCUCGAUGCUUGCCAAAUGAGUGAUUGCGAUCUUUUUUUCCUAAUCUAAGGCUUUCUAUUUCAUGUGAUUCAUAAAAAAACUGUAUUUUGCUCAGGCACUCUCUGAGGUGACCCAGGCUAAGAGCAGGGCCUCUCUGAAGGACCUCUGUCCCGAGGAUAAACGGCGCAUCGCCAACCUCAUCCAGGAGCUGGCCAGGUAACUGCUCAUUCAACAUGAGGGAUUGUGUGUGUGUGUUUGGCAGGGAGUGGGGGUGUAGAUAUUUUAGGGCUGUCCUCGACUAAAAUAAAUCUUGGUCGACCCAUAGUCGUCCUGUUCUUUCGACCAAUCGAUUGGUUGAAAUGUUUAAACUUAUUUUUCCAUAUAGAAACAGAUACACCCUAUGUGUUUGAAUAAAAUCAACUACAUAUGUAAAUCAAAUCAAAUUUUAUUUGCCACAUGCGCCGAAUACAACAGGUGUAGACCUUAGUGAAAUGCUUACUACAAGCCCUUAACCAACAAUGUCGUUUUUUAAUAAAAAAAUAAAAAGUGUUAAGUAAAAAAUUGCAAAUAAUUAAAGAGCAGCAGUCAAAUAAAAUAACAGUAGGGAGGCUAUAUACAGGGUGUACCGGUACAGAGUCAAUGUGCUGGGGCACCUCUUUGUACUGACCUUGUCUGAUGAUUUAAGCACACUGUUUGAUAAAAUAAUUAAGACACACAAAUGGCUCAAGAAAUAGCCCGAUGGUCACACUGUUAAAAAAAAAUGACAGUAAGUGCCUGUGUGACUGGAGCACGUUGUCUCCCUCUCCUCCCUACUGCAGAGAAAAGGCACCACAGCACAGCAAGUGCUGUCCGUGCUGAAGCUACAACAUCAUUUCAGCCAUUUAGUUUCUUACUUGUUUCUGACUGAAAAGUUCUGUUACCGAAAUCCCUCAUUUGUUUAUGAAAACAAUGGCCCAUUCCCUCAAUCCUUGCUCUCUUUAUGUGAAACAUGUAAGCAUCGCAUGCAUGUGACCAAAUACACCUGACCUAUAGCCUAUCAUAAUCACAUCAAUAAAUUGGUUAUAACAAACUCCGAACAUGAAAAAUAAACUCGGAACGGGCGAACAUUUUACUGGUUGCUCAGGAGGGAAAUCAAAUCAUAUCAAUCUUUAUUUAUACAGCACAUUUCAGACAUGGAAUGCAACGCAAUGUGCUGUACAGGAAAAUAAACAAAAAAACAAUGAAAAUAAAAGCUGAAAUAUUUACUACACAAACAUAAGAUAAAAAACAAAAGAAUGACACAAACUGAACAACUAAAACGCACCUUAAAGAAAAGAAAAGCUAAAAGGAUGUGUUUUAAGAUCUCUUUUAAAUAUGCCCACAGUUUCGGCCCCCUUCAGGGUCUCUGCAGGCUAUUCCAGAGGCUGGGGGCAUAAUAACUAAAGGUUGCCCCUCCAUGCCUCUUGGUCCUAGGCUUUGGGAUAGUUAAAAGGCCAGAGGACCUGAGGGAACUACUGGGUACAUCAUUUAAAAGCAUGUCUGACAUGUAUUGGGGUGCACAAUCGUGGAUUGAUUUAAAAACCAAUAGAAUAAUCUUAAAAUGAAUUCUAAAACUCACAGGCAGCCAGUGCAAAGACCUUAAAACCGGUGUAAUGUGUGCUCUCCAUCUGGUCUUAGUCAGUACCCGUGCUGCAGCAUUCUGUAUGUUUUGCAGUUGACCAAUGGAUUUAUUGGGGUAGACCAGACAGGGGAGAGCAUUACAGUAGUCAAGCCUACUUGUAAUAAAAGCAUGGAUGAGUCUCUGCAUCAGCCUGAGAGAGAAAUGGCCGUACCUUGGCAAUGUUCCUCAGGUGGUAAAAAGCUAUUUAGGUCACAGGGGAAGUCAGAUCUGUGGAAGACAUUUGACUUAGUUGUGGAAACUACUGGAGAUCAAGAAAAAGGAGGGUAUAGGAGCAAGCGUUGCAUGAGGAUUAUGUGUGCCAAACAGUUGCUGUUAGAUUACAAUAUUCUUAUUUUUUCGGACCAUUUGGAACAGUGUAAACAACACUAAAUAAAUAAGUGCACCAGAGAGUCUGUUCUAAUGAAGAAGAAAAAAAUAUAUCAAGUCUUUGUUACAGCAGACUAAAAUCAUUUGCAUGCAUUCGUGAAUUGCGGUUUAUUUAUUGUUUAGGCUAAUUAUUCAAAGCUACCGUUGUUAUUUAAUUUUAUAACAAAAAUGCUUAAUUGCAUUUCAAAGCAUGAAUGUCUUGUAUGCUUUGUGAUGGCAUGGACGAAUGAAUGAAUGAAUGAUUGAUUGAUUGAUACAUUAGCCUAUACAGUAUAUUGAAAUAUAGGCCUCAGUAAGUUACGGUAUUAAGAAUAAACAGGACGCCCUCUUAGGCCUACAGCUCGAAUGUGGUUAUACAAGGCUACUAUACAAGGCCUAUUAAUGAUAACGACAUUACUUAUUAUAAUAAUGACGAUCAUAAUAAUUGUAAUAAUAACAAUAAGGAGAUCAAGAUAAAGGAGGCUAUAGGAGCGAGAGCUGCGUGCAUAUUAUGUGUGACAAACCGGUGCUGUUAGAUUACAAUAUAAUUUUUCAGCCUGUUUGGAACAGUGUAAACAACACUAAAUAAAUUAUAAGUAAUAACAGUCUGUUCUAACGAAAAACAAUUGUAAAGCCUUUAUAGCAAAGAUUAAAAACAGCCGAAUCUGUGAAAUUGCUUUAUCUGACAUUUUGCCAUUGCAUAAGGCUUGGUGCUCACGGAAUCAGUAGGCGAUUAAACAAACACUCAAACAGGCAACAGAAGCAAGAUCUGUCUUAUUUCUGUAGAUAUAUAUGGAGGAUUUAUAAAGCCAGGCACAUUUAACAGUUAAGCUAUUGAUUAUAGACCUAAUUAAGUUGGGGUUUCCUCUCUACAAUUAGGUUAAGGGAAGGGCGGUUUCCUCGUCUCUGCUGCUGCUGCCUCCGCCGCAUUGUUCUCAAUCCCACCCAAUAUGCUGAUUAACUUUGCUAUUAUGCACAACAUAGGGAAAGGCGGGGGAGGGGUGUAUUUUCUCCCCUUUUCUUCCCAAUUUCGUGGUAUCCAAUUGGUAGUUACAGUCUUGUCACAUCGCUGCAACUCCCCUACGGACACGGCAGAGGCGAAGGUCGAGAGUCCCUAGUGUGCGAUGGGACAAGAACAUCCCUGCCGGCCAAACCGUCCCCUACCCUGGACGACACUGGGCCAAUUGUGCGCCGCCCCAUGGGUCUCCCGGUUGCGGCCGGCUGCGAAAGGCGCACUGAAGAUUAUGUUUCAGAACUGCGGACAGCGACCGUAUCCACCGCGGGAAAAAGCGCAUUUGUUAUAAAAUAGUAUUAGAUUUAUUAGUGUUGCACCAUUAUUUUUACAUAAUAUAACCAUAUACAAUUUCAGUAUCACAUGUCUUAGAGUGAUGGAUUGUGCCAUCCCCGUUGCCUCCACAAUGGAUCAGUCCACUGAGACAGGCGUGAAUCAGACAGGUGUCUUUUGCACCAUACAAAAAAAUAUAUAAUUGCGACUGCUCGACUAAAGAAAUCUCGGUCGACCAACAGCCUAUCAACCAGUCGACUAAAUGGGAUCAACCCUAAGAGAUUUUCUCAAGAAUUAAGUUUAUUCAGGGCGAACACUGCUAUAAUCACUGACCCUCCACCUCUUCUUUCCCAGAGUGAGUGAGGAGAAGGAGGAGUCGGUACAGAGGCUGAGGGAUGAACAGGAGGCCUUUGAGUGCAAGAUUCUACAGCUGGAGCAGCAGAACCAGCUCAUUGUACAGGAGAGAGAGAGUAUCCUUUUCUCCAUUGAUGCACACAGACAUACAAAGGGCCUAUCCCACUGGCAUUGUCUGUGUGAAGUAUCCUCAACUCCAGUCUUUGAGGGCCACAGUGCCUGCUGGUGUUCUCUUGCCUUCCCAGGCCUGUAUCAGUCACUGAUUUAAAAGACAGCCAUGAGUACUUGCAGACACUGCAGCCCCAGUCUGCCACUAAAGAAUUAAAGCUCUUCCUAUCUGACAGCAGGGGGCAGCAUUGCCUAGAGCUUGAUAUCUCCACCGCAAACCUCAGUGGUCUGGCAGGUACUCCAUGAGCGUAAUUACAUGCCCACGUACCUCCAUUCCCCCCUGCUUUUUCAUGAUUUUGCAUGUUGGCCACAUCUUGACAUUACAAUAUGAAAUUUGCCCUAUGUCUGAGUUCACUGUGGAUUACAUUCAGUAUUUGAAACCGUUUCCUUCUCUGACGUUUUAUCUUGUGGGACUGUGGCAUUUGCUUUUGUCUCAUGUCUUGGUAAUCUUGUUCUUCAUGAUGCACUGAAUUCUGUCAUACACUACAUGACCAAAGGUAUGUGGACACCUGCUCGUCGAACAUCUCAUUUCAAAAGCAGGGGCAUUAAUAUGUAGUUGGUCCCCCCUUUGCUGCUAUAACAGCCUCCACUCUUCUGGGAAGGCUUCCCACUAGAUGUUGGAACAUUGCUGCGGGUACUUGCUUCCAUUAAGUGAAGUCGGGUACUGAUGUUGGGUGAUUAGGCCUGGCUCGCAGUCGGCUUUCCAAUUCAUCCCAAAGGUGUUCGAUGGGGUUGAGGUCAGGGCUCUGUGCAGGCCAGUCAAGUUCUUCUACACCGAUCUCAACAAACCAUUUGUAUGGACCUCGCUUUGUGCACGGGGGCAUUGUCAUGCUGAAACAGGAAAGGGCCUUCCCCAAAUUGUUGCCACAAAGUUGGAAGCACAGAAUCGUCUAGAAUGCCAUUGUAUGCUGUAGCGUUAAGAUUUCCCUUCACUGGAACUAAAGGGCCUAGCCCGAACCAUGAAAAACAGCCCUAGACCAUUAUUCCUCCUCCACCAAACUUUACAGUUGGCACUAUGCAUUGGGGCAGGUAGCAUCCGCCAAACCCAGAUUUGUCCGUCGGACUGCCAGAUGGUGAAGCGUGAUUCAUCACUCCAGAGAACGCGUUUCCACUGCUCCAGAGUCCAAUGGCGGCGAGCUUUACACCACUCCAGCCGACGCUUGGCAUUGCACAUGGUGAUCUUAGGCUUGUGUGCAGCUACUCGGCCUUGGAAACCCAUUUCCUGACAAACAGUUAUUGUGCUGACGUUGCUUCCAGAGGCAGUUCGGUAGUGAGUGUUGCAACUGAGGACAGACGAUUUCUACGCGCUUCAGCACUCGGCGAUCACGUUCUGUGAGCUUUUGUGGCCUACCACUUCGCGGCUGAGCAGUUGUUGCUCCUAGACGUUUCCACUUCACAAUAACAGCACUUACAGUUGACCGGGGCAACUCUAGCAGGGCAGAAAUUUGACGAACUGACUUGUUUAGAAAGGUGGCAUCCUAUGACGGUACCACAUUGAAAGUCACUGAGCUCUUUAUUAAGGCCAUUCUACUGCCAAUGUUUGUUUAUGGAGAUUGCAUGGCUGUGUGCUCGAUUUUAUACAGCUGUCAGCAACGGGUGUGGCUGAAAUGGAUGAAUCCACUAAUUUGAAAGGGUGUCCACAUACUUUUGCAUUUAUAAUGUGUCUUACCUUUUUCUGACCAGUUACAGCACCACCAGUUGAUUCUAAGCAAGCUAACACUGUCAGGCUCAAUCUCUUGGCCUGACCUGGCAACUUUACUAUAAUUCCAACAGCAUCCCAUAAUUACCCUGUUUCCUCUACUUUUCCACCCCCCACCCUUCCUGACGUCCUAUUUAAUGAUUCCCACUCAGGUCAAACCGACGUGGUGAGAGCCGCCAAUUUAGGGGAAAAACACGGCGAAAAAUGAAAAGUAAUCACCGUUGGCAGCGGAGCUGGGAAAUUAGGAAAGCACAACUCAAUUAAAGGCACUUUGACUGGGAGACCUGGCAUUUACACUAAACUUCUAAACUCCAUUAAAAAGGAAUUUGAGGGGGAAAAACCCCUUUGAUUAAUGCACCCCGAGGGGAUAACCAGUCUUUAACGCACACACAGAGUCGUAAAGAGAGUUCUGAGACGUAGGGUUCCAGAUGGAUCUUUUAAAGGUUAAGGAGACACCAAAGGCAAACAGACUAGGGGGAGACUUGUAAAGACUAAUUCCAUUACAGUCUUAUCUACCAAGAGCCAGGUUAUCAAGGGGAGGAUGUGUAUAUCUCUCCUAUCUAAAGACCCACAAUGAGUGAAAAGCGUUCUUGUUGAAAUGUUGUUUGUCAGGACCAUUUUGGAGCUCAAGUGCUGAAUAAAAUGUAAGAUUUGAAUAAGCUUGUCAUUGGUUAUUUCUCCUUGGCAUGAUGUCUUGGAGAGGUAAAAAGGAUAGAUAUCAUUGCUGAGUUGGUGCUUCACAAAUCACAUAGAUCUUUGAAACAAUAACCUUACUCUUCUGUCAGUGACUUAUACCACUGCUGUGGUUGAAAUAAGUGUCUCUACCUUCCUCACUUAGGCAAUGGAUAAAGGGCUAAACUUUGAGUUUGCUUUAUCACUUAUGUUAGACCUUUUAAUACCAUCAAGAGAUAGAGUAAACCUUGAGCUAUAGUGUUUGUUAGCAUGUCUAUUUACUGGUAUUUGGUUGGGUUGAUUGUAAACUGAUUUAUUUGUUCUCUCCAUGAGCUUAAAGUAUGGUUAAGGCAGUUAUGCUAACUGUACACUUCGUUCAAUUACCUAUCACCGUGCCCUAACACACACACUCAUUCACACGCCCAGUCAAUUUGGCACAGUGAGCAAAAGGCAGGAUUUGAAAAUAUUCCUCUCCUGUGCAAAUUUAUUCCACCUUGAGGUGGAUUUCAUUUGGGCACGGCCUGACAGGGCGAGUGAAUAAUUUUGACAGGCCCCGUCUGAAGCCCUCGAAGCAAAGUCUUGAUUUUGUAUAUUUUUGGAUUGAGGGGCAGAAGAAGCCGUUGCUACCGCUUUGAUUGAAGAGGGUGGGCAUUUGGAUUGGCUCAUGGCCAAGACUCAGAGAACAGUUUUCACAGAUUUCGGCAUGGGAAUAGAACCUUAUCAAUUGCGUUCCAGUUGCCCCAGAUUACAAGGCCUUGAGAGGCGGGUCUGCGUCUGCCCAUCAAUGUUUUUAACGUAGGUGUGUUAACGCUCCCGCAAUCUGUCUGUCUCUCAGAACAUCCACAUCCUAUAAUCGGCGUAGGUAUUAUUUGUGGUUGCGAUGACUGUUGGUUGGAGCAUAAUGCUUCCAAUACCAGAUUUGUGUGGGUUGACUCUGACGUGUACUAGAUUCCUUUGAAUAAAAGUGUUAACCCAGAGGACAUUAUAUUACCAACAUAAAUCCAUUGACAUGGGAAUUGACACAAAUGUUUGGUCGGUUCUGUCGAGUUUUGAUAGCCAUUUGUCAUAACAUAACUUCAGUUGUCAUGGCUGCCUGUGAUUGCUAUGACGUAAUGUCAGUAGAAUAACAGCCUUAUGCAGAGAUACGGUUCAGGUGUUACUUACCGGUAGAGUGUAUGAAAGACGCCUUGGAGCAUUUGUCGACGGGGCAUUCACUUUCAUUCCACUUGAUCUGAAGUCUUUCUCUUCCCCUUCUCCAUUUCAUUUCCCAAGCUUGAUUGAACUCCUCCGACACCAAAGUAUUUUCUCCUAGCGUAUCCUUCCACAGACUGUUACUUCAAUAUGGCUUCACUUUGAGACUUUCAUUUGCUGUUAAAUCGGGGACUUUUAAAGGUGAUGUGUUGAGAAACUCAUCAGCCAGGGGCGAUGGCCCACCCAUAAAAAGAUAUGGCCUGGAGCAGGGAGGUUUAUGGGUAGUAGUUGGUUGGUAGGACUGUGUUCGAGACUGUGUACCCAUGUUUGUGGGUGACUACAGGUGAAGAUGUGGUAAUGUGUUAUUCUGGGUUCAUUGCAAAUUCUCUAUGUUGGGGUUUGCAUAUAUAUGUAUGUGUGUGUGUAUACAGUUGAAGUCGGAAGUUUACAUACAUCUUAGCCAAAUACAUUUAAACUCAGUUUUUCACAAUUCCUGACAUUUAAUCCUAGUAAAAAUUCCCUGUCUUAGGUCAGUUAGGAUCACCACUUUAUUUUAAGAAUGUGAAAUGUCAGAAUAAUAGUAGAGAGUGAUUUAUUUCAGCUUUUAUUUCUUUCAUCACAUUCCCAGUGGGUCAGAAGUUUACAUACACUCAAUUAGUAUUUGGUAGCUUUGCCUUUAAAUUGUUUUACUUGUGUCAAACGUUUCGGUAGCCUUCCACAAGCUUCCCAUAAUAAGUUGGGUGAAUUUUGGCCCAUUCCUCCUGACAGAGCUGGUGUAACUGAGUCAGGUUUGUAUGCCUCCUUGCUCGCACACGCUUUUUCAGUUCUGCCCACAAAUGUUCUAUAGGAUUGAGGUCAGGGCUUUGUGAUGGCCACUCCAAUACCUUGACUUUGUUGUCCUUAAGCCAUUUUGCCACAACUUUGGAAGUAUGCUUGGGGUCAUUGUCCAUUUGAAGACCCAUUUGCGACCAAGCUUUAACAUCCUGACUCAUGUCUUGAGAUGUUGCUUCAAUAUAUCCAGAUCAUUUUCCUUCCUCAUGAUGCCAUCUAUUUUGUGAAGUGCACCAGUCCUUCCUGCAGCAAAGCACCCCCACAGCAUGAUGCUGCCACCCCCGUGCUUCACGGUUGGGAUUGUGUUCUCCGGCUUGCAAGUAUCCCCUUUUUCCUCCUAACAUAACGAUGGUCAUUAUGGCCAAACAGUUCUAUUUUUGUUUCAUCAGACUUUGUCCCCAUGUGCAGUUGCAAACUGUAGUCUGCCUUUUUUAUGGCUGUUUUGGAGCAGUUGCUUCUUCCUUGCUGAGCGGCCUUUCAGGUUAUGUCAAUAUAGGACUCGUUUUACUGUGGAUAUAUAUACUUUGUACCUGUUUCCUCCAGCAUCUUCACAAGGUCCUUUGCUGUUGUUCUGGGAUUGAUUUGUACUUUUCGCACCAAAGUACGUUCAUCUCUAGGAGACAGAACGCGUCUCCUUCCUGAGCGGUAUGACGGCUGCGUGGUCCCAUGGUGUUUAUACUUGCGUACUAUUGUUUGUACAGAAAAUCACAUUGUAUGAUUUUUAAGUAAUUAAUUUGCAUUUUAUUGCAUGACAUAAGUAUUUGAUACAUCAGAAAAGCAGAACUUAAUAUUUGGUACAGAAACCUUUGUUUGCAAUUACAGAGAUCAUACGUUUCCUGUAGGUCUUGACCAGGUUUGCACACACUGCAGCAGGGAUUUUAGCCCACUCCUCCAUACAGACCUUCUCCAGAUCCUUCAGGUUUCGGGGCUGUCGCUGGGCAAUACGGACUUUCAGCUCCCUCCAAAGAUGUUCUAUUAGGUUCAGGUCUGGAGACUGGCUAGGCCACUCCAGGACCUUGAGAUGCUUCUUACGGAGCCACUCCUUAGUUGCCCUGGCUGUGUGUUUCGGGUCGUUGUCAUGCUGGAAGACCCAGCCACGACCUAUCUUCAAUGCUCUUACUGAGGGAAGGAGGUUGUUGACCAAGAUCUCGCGAUACAUGGCCCCAUCCAUCCUCCCCUCAAUACGGUGCAGUCGUCCUGUCCCCUUUGCAGAAAAGCAUCCCCAAAGAAUGAUGUUUCCACCUCCAUGCUUCACGGUUGGGAUGGUGUUCUUGGGGUUGUACUCAUCCUUCUUCUUCCUCCAAACACGGCGAGUGGAGUUUAGACCAAAAAGCUCUAUUUUUGUCUUAUCAGACCACAUGACCUUCUCCCAUUCCUCCUCUGGAUCAUCCAGAUGGUCAUUGGCAAACUUCAGACGGGCCUGGACAUGCGCUGGCUUGAGCAGGGGGACCUUGCGUGCGCUGCAGGAUUUUAAUCCAUGAUGGCGUAGUGUGUUACUAAUGGUUUUCUUUGAGACUGUGGUCCCAGCUCUCUUCAGGUCAUUGACGAGAUCCUGCCGUGUAGUUCUGGGCUGAUCCCUUACCUUCCUCAUGAUCAUUGAUGCCCCACGAGGUGAGAUCUUGCAUGGAGCCCCAGACCGAGGGUGAUUGACCGUCAUCUUGAACUACUUCCAUUUUCUAAUAAUUGCGCCAACAGUUGUUGCCUUCUCACCAAGCUGCUUGCCUAUUGUCCUGUAGCCCAUCCCAGCCUUGUGCAGGUCUACAAUUUGAUCCCUUAUGUCCUUACACAGCUCUCUGGUCUUGGCCAUUGUGGAGAGGUUGGAGUCUGUUUGAUUGAGUGUGUGGACAGGUGUCUUUUAUACAGGUAACAAGUUCAAACAGGUGCAGUUAAUACAGGUAAUGAGUGGAGAACAGGAGAACAGGAGAGCUUCUUAAAGAAAAACUAGCAGGUCUGUGAGAGCCGGAAUUCUUACUGGUUGGUAGGUGAUCAAAUACUAAUGUCAUGCAAUAAAAUGCAAAUUAAUUACUUAAAAAUCAUAGAAUGUGAUUUUCUGGAUUUUUGUUUUAGAUCACAGUUGAAGUGUACCUAUGAUAAAAAUUACAGAGCUCUACAUGCUUUGUAAGUAGGAAAACCUGCAAAAUCGGCAAUGUAUCAAAUACUUGUUCUCCCCACUGUAUGUAUGUAUAUAUAUAUAUAUAUAUAUAUAUAUAUAUAUUAUACAUUUACAUUUUAGUCAUUUAGCAGACACUCUUAUCCAGAGCGACUUACAGUUAGUGAAUACAUAUUACUUUUUUUAUACUGGCCCCCCGUGGGAAUCAAACCCACAACCCUGGCGUUGCAAACGCCAUGCUCUAUCAACUGAGCUACAUCCCUGCCGGCCAUUCCCUCCCCUACCCUGGACGACGCUGGGCCAAUUGUGCGCCGCCCAUGAGUAUCCCGGUCGCGGCCGUCUGCGACAGAGCCUGGAUUCGAACCAGGAUCUCUAGUGGCACAGUUAGCACUGCGAUGCAGUGCCUUAGACCACUGCGCCACUCAGGAGUUCAUACUUGUGUAUAUAAACUCAGCAACAACAAAAAAACAUCCUCUCACUGUCAACUGUGUAAAUAUUUGUAUGAACAUAACCAGAUUCAACAACUGAGACAUAAACUGAACAAGUUCCACAGACGUGUGACUCGCAGAAAUUGAAUAAUGUGUCCCUGAGCAAAGGGGGGUGGGGGGUCAAAAUCAAAAGUAACAGGCAGUAUCUGGUGUGGCCACCAGCUGCAUUAAGUACUGCAGUGCAUCUCCUCCUCAUGGACUGCACCAGAUUUGCCAGUUUUUGCUGUGAGAUGUUACCCCACUCUUCCACCAAGGCACCUGCAAGUUUCCGGACAUUUCUGGGGGGAAUGGCCCUAGCCCUCACCCUCCGAUCCAACAGGUCUCAGACGUGCUCAAUGUGAUUGAGAUCCGGGCUCUUCGCUGGCCAUGGCAGAACACUGACAUUCCUGUCUUGCAGGAAAUCACGCCCAGAACGAGCAGUAUGGCUGGUGGCAUUGUCAUGCUGGAGGGUCAUGUCAGGAUAAGCCUGCAGGAAUGGUACCACAUGAGUGAGGAGGAUGUCUUCCCUGUAACGCACAGCGUUGAGAUUGCCUGCGAUGACAACAAGCUCAGUCCGAUGAUGCUGUGACACACCGCCCCAGACCAUGACAGACCCUCCACCUCCAAAUCGAUCUCGUACAUGCCUCGGUGUAACGCUCAUUCCUUCGACAAUAAACGCAAAUCCGACCAUCACCCCUGGUGAGACAAAACCGCGACUCGUCAGUGAAGAGCACUUUUUGCCAGUCCUGUCUGGUCCAGCGAUUAUGGAUUUGUGCCCAUAGGCGACGUUGUCAGUGUCACCAGCAAAGCACCAUCACACCUCCUCCUCCAUGCUUCACGAUGGGAACAACACAUGCAGAGAUCAACCGUUCACCUACUCUGCGUCUCACAAAGACACGGCGGUUGGAACCAAAAAUCUCAAAUUUGGACUCAUCAGACCAAAGGACAGAUUUCUACUGGUCUAAUGUCUAUUGCUUGUGUUUCUUGGCCCAAGCAAGUCUCUUCUUCUUAUUGGUCUCUUCUUCUUACAGCUCCUCUGAACAGUUAAUGUUGAGAUGUGUCUGUUACUUGAACUCUGUGAAGCAUUUUUUUGGGCUGCAAUUUCUGAGGCUGGUAACUCUAAUGAACUUAUCCUCUGCAGCAGAGGUAACUCUGGGUCUUCCUUUCCUGUGGCGGUCCUCAUGAGAGCCAGUUUCAUCAUAGCGCUUGAUGGUUUUUGCGACUACACUUGAAGAAACUUUCAAAGUUCUUGAAAUGUUUCAUAUUGACUGACCUUCAUGUCUUAAAGUAAUGAUGGACUGUCGUUGCUUAUUUGAGCUGUUCUUGCCGUAAUAUGGACUUGGUCUUUUACCAAAUAGGGCUAUCUUCUGUAUACCACUCCUACCUUGUCACAACACAACUGAUUGGCUCAAACGCGCUAAGAAGGAAAGAAAAUCCACAAAUUAACUUUUAACAAAGCACACCUGUUAAUUGAAAUGCAUUCCAGGUGACUACCUCAUUAAGCUGGUUGAGAGAAUGCCAAGAGUGUGCAAAGCUGUCAUAUAGGCAAAGGGUGGCUACUUUGAAGAAUCUAAAAUCUAAAAUAUAUUUUUUGGUUACUACUUGAUUCUAUAUGUGUUAUUUCAUAUUUUUUAUGUCUUCACUAUUAUUCUACAAUGUAGAAAAUCAUAAAAAUAAGGAAAAAUCCUUGAAUGAGUAGGUGUGUCCAAACUUUUGACUAGUACUGUAUGUAAAUAAGGUAUUUCUGUAUUAUUUUCUUCAAUAAAUGUUCACAAUUCUUUAUAAAACCUGUUUUCACUUUGUCAUUAUGGGGUAUUGUGUGUAGAUUGAUCAUAUUUUAUAUUUAUUGAAUCCAUUUUAGAAUAAGGCUAUAACGUAACAAAAUGUGGAGAAGGGGUCUGAAUACUUUCCGAAUACACUGUAUAUGGAUGAUUUAUAAAUUCAGGCACAUUAACAGUUAGGCAUUUGGUUAUAGACCUAAUUAAGUUGGGGUUUGCUCUCUCCUCACUUUUCUUAGAAAAUUAAGGCAAGGUCUGUUUUCUCGUCUCCUAACUCCGCUGCUGCCUCCGCCGCAUUGUUCUCAACACCAAUAUGCUGGUUAACUUAGCUAUUAUACACAUAGCAACGUGGUCUCGACCAUUAUCCAACGCGGGAGAAAGCACAUUUUAUAUUAUUAUUUUUAUUUGUACUUACAUAAUGUAACCAUAUACAAUUUCAGUAGCAAAUGUCUUAGACUGAUGGACUGUGCCAUCCCCACGGCCUCCACAAUGGAUCAGUCCACUCAGCCAGGCACGAAUCAGACAGGUGUCGUGUACACCAUGACCAACAGCCUAUCGACCAAACAGUGGACCAGUCGACUAGAUGGGAUCAGCCCUAGUAUACAGUAUGAGAUCCUAUGCUUUCUUACUAAUUCAAUGGUUGCAAUGGUGGUAUGUAUCCAUGUAUGUGUACCUACCUUACUCACUCAGCCCGGUUGUGUGUGUAUGCGAGCGGUGCAGCCACCGCCAUUAGCGGGACCCUCAUGCACAGCAGUGGUUCUGCGCCAGAUGAAUUCUGUUCUGCCUUCUGCAGCGUGGCACCAGGCAGGUGCCAGCUCUCUGUCUGGCAUUCAGAUAUGGCAUCACGGCCCAGCUCUGCUUAGCUCAGCCUGGGCCGACCCAGAUGGAAAAGUCUAUAAAGCUCUACCCCCUCAACUUUUUAUCAUGCUCUCUUUCUUUUCAGUUUGUCCUUUUCAACUUUCUGAGGUAACUCACUGUUCUCUUUACUUUCCUGGCCUUAUGAAGGGGUGGUGGAUGGGGAUAUUAUUUCGGGGUUAUAUGUUGUCUUCAAAAUGUCAAUAAAAAUGUAUCCCAAAAAAGGGAAUAAAGACAGAAGUAUGACCCUUAACCCCAGCCCCCUGUGGCCCAGGCCUACAGCAGCAGUACCGGGAGUGUCAGGAGCUGCUGGGGCUCUACCAGCAGUACCUCUCUCAACAGCAAGAGAAACUCAACCAGUCCAUCGCCCAGCUCAGCCAUGCCCGCAGCUCCCACUCUAACUCCCACAAAAAGGUACUCACUCUUUGUGUGUGUGUGCGUAAUAAGAGUGUGUGUCUGAGAGAGAUGACGAGUGGUGCGUGUCAGUGUGUGUGUGUACAAUCUUCCCCGGGGAGCUAUCUCCAAACUACCACGCAGUUCACCAUCAAUCACAAUGCUGCCAACUGGGAGAGAGACACUCGCACACACAUUUUCUUUUUAAAUGAUAUUUACUUAGACCUAGACAGCACAUCAGAUAUCACGAUAGCAAAAAAAUUCGCUAUCAAUUAUGACCACAUACAGUAAGUAGCAGAACCGGUUGCUUUUCUCAAGGUAACCAUUUAGAGACAACUUCCUGGGUCCCCCUACUCUGAGGAUAGAUCACUUUGUCGUCCUCAGUGUCCGACAGUGGGUCUGAGUAAUGUGUUUGCAUGCUCUGUGACCUCACACUGAAUUAGUCACUCUCUUGUCUUGCUGAAGGUGGGCUUUUCUUUACUUUACUUUGUGUUUAUCUCUCUCGCUUCAGUGACCUUGGUUUCCCUGUGCUCAGCACUUUAAUGAGAAUCUCAGUCUUGCCGAAACCCAAAUCUUAGUUCUGCAUUGUAUCGGUGUUAAGUCCAUCUUGGCUUACCCACUGCUCUCUCACAGAAAAGUAUUAAAGGGUGAAGGGAAGGAGUGAAUAUCGGAGAGAGGUAACUAACCGCAAAAAUGACCCAUUGCCCUUACCACUUAUACACUUGUGGAGAUUGGAGAUGAACACAUGACACGUUUCAGAUUUUAUUGAUGCCCACAUUGCGCUUAAUACAGUAACAUUGAAUAAUAUAUUUACAAUAGAUAAAAAAAGAAGGGUAUAUUUAACUUGGUGGCUUUCUUGUCUCCACAGGCCCCCAGCAGUGAGGUAGGCUCCACCAAGACUAGCAGGGCAGAGAUGGCCACAGCCUGGGAUGGCUCCUACCUGGGCCUGCCAACUCCUGGAGGAACAGGGACAAACGGAGGAGGAAGAGAGAGAAGUGGCAGAGGAAGAGUCCCGUCCCUCAGUCCCACCUCUCUCUCAGACGACCUCCACGCAGUCACCUCCCCUAACUACUCCUCCUCUAGCGACCAAUCCCAGGGACCAAUCAAAUGCCAGGGCUGCCGAGGAGAAGGGGCCCGUAGCAGACGGGAACAUCUGGUCAAUGGGGCGUUUACCCAUAGGGGGGCCAGAGAAGACCCUCGACUGGGCAACACCAGCCCACGGCUCCACAACGGCCCUGGUGAACCACCCGAAGACAGCAGACGUCUACCUGGACCCCAGGGGUUGCUACUCGGAGGGGACCCAGUGGGGCAGGGAGCAGGGUCAGAGGGGGACCUAACGGCACCCCUCCUGGGACGGGAGGACUGGGAGGAGAGGAGGCACCAGCUGCUCCUGCAGAAGCUGCAGCUGGAGGUGGAGAGGGAGCGGCUGCAAGCGCGGCUGGCCCAGCAGGAGGAGAGGCUGAUCAGACAGAACCAGCAGCUCCUCCACACACGCCUCGACUACAGCAGGUAUUGAAUGUAAUUAUAUUUUAUUUUAGAAAAAGUAUACAUCUAACAAGAUGCGCACAAUCAUUUGGGCAUGUACUUCAUUUUGUCUCUCUUGCAGGUUCCAGCAAGCCACUGCAGCCGAACUCAGCCACUCCAUGUCCAGAAACGGGACUGAUCCUUUACCCAAUGGCCAUGCACUACUCAGGUAAAGCCAUGGAACUCACUCACUCGCUGUAUCUAGUAAUCAAACCUUUAGCUUACCAAGCAGUUGAAUGUAAACUUGACUGUGUGUGUCUGCAGUGAGAUGAGAGGGUGUGACGAUGUAGAGGACUUGGGCGAAGCAGCAGAACAAGACGUUCCUCCACACAAAGACCAUGCUGCACACAUCCCCCUGCAAAACUCCAUACAUUUACCUGGUAGGUUGUGUGUGUAUGUGUGUGACACCCUUGUAUACGUCAUUAGGGUUCUGAAGUCCAUUUGUUGUUGGCCUCCAUCUGCAGAGCCCUGUCAUAACAAUUCCAGGAGGGAUAUAGCCACCUCUCUUGUGGUGUCUCAGAGCAGUCUCAAAGCCACCCCAGCACCAAUGAUGCUCCCCACGCUACCUAGGACCCCUGACGCAAGGUAAGCCACAGUGGAUCUCGGUGUUCCAACCACAACACUGUUGCAUCCCAUAUGCUGUUUCCACUGUACUGCACCGCAACAUCACAUCAUUAUCAGCACUUUCAAUGUCAAAAUAAAGUGUGUUGUACAAAAAGUCGUUUAUGAUGACAUUAAUACAUUAUUGUCAAAUGUAGUGUACGCACAUCCAGUAAGUUGCAGGUGCUGGGUACAAAAAGUAAACACAAAAUAGAGAAUAGAUCCCUGAUGGAAUAGUGAAUAGAUCCCUGUCCACCGAUGAAUGCUCCUGGUGUUCUGUUGUGCAAGGUCAGCCUGACGAAGACCUUUGGGUUGAAACGCUGCAUAAUAAAACAGGAGGAGCAUUCAACAGUGUGCAGGUUGCUAUUCUUUAUAUCAUAUGGGUACAUUAUUACAAUCUAUUAUUAACACAUACCAUGAGCAAUAAAUAAACAGAGCGUCUUUAAAAGCUGUUCUAUAUUUUCAACAGCAUCUCAUGGUGCAUUUUGACCCACUUAUCUGGAAACAUUUAGAUUAGAAAUACACAAACCAGACUAUUUUCAUGAACAGAGCAGGGGGGAAAUGCAAUUCAACAUGUCGGUGCACGGGUAACGAAACAAAAUAAAGGUCAGAAAACGGGAAGGAAGGAAGGAAAGGGGAGCUGAGGCAGGCCGGCACUGGGCCUUAGCGUUUGAUGUGCUAAAUUAAGCUUUCUCCCGGGCUAGCGGCGAGGCUGACAGGAGCCAAGCUGCGUUCCAUUAGUCGGUCUAGCUGGGACCCAGCAGCAGGUGUAAUUGAACAGACUUCUGUGGGGAUGCACAGUCUCUCUCUCUGUCUCUCGCGCUCUCUCAAUAAUGAGAGGGGGAGAGACGAGAGGGAGAGACAGAGAGCGCAGAGAGGAAUGAAUCACUGCUAGCGUGAGACACACUCCAAGAAAAGGGAAGGAAAUGCAUUAUUACACCCCCUCCCCACCCUUUUUGUGGAAAGGUAAUUAAUGUGACAGUGUGUCGUCUUCCCGUGUGUGUCUGAGUGUGCACUUCUAGUUAGCAUAGAAUGCUGUGGACAAAUGUUUGUUAGCAUGUCAUUUUUAAGGAAAGGGAUUAUGUUUCUUUCUUUUUCCUUUUUUACUUCUGGCAAAUGUAUUUUUGUUUUUGCAUAUGAAAUGUUCUUCAAGUGUGAACUCCAAAUGUUAUUCUACUGGCAACAUGGACAUCCAUAGCCUAGCCAACAUGAAACAGAAAGACAGCUUGUCUCUGACUCAGCCAGAAGGAAAGCUCUUCACAAUGUUCUGAAUCAUAAACAAUGCAAUAUGGUCCAAGUAACCACCACCAUGCCAAUCGAACAAACUCAAGCAGUGUAAACUCAAGCAGAUGGCCAUUAAAACCAAGGAAAAUAAUGGAUACGAUCAUAAUAACAGUGAAUUUUUGAAAGCAUUUCAAUUGGGCCCUUCUGAGAGGUUUGCUCUUAAUGACCACGUUUGUCGUGGUUAAAGCGCUGUAUUCACCAUUCAAUACUUUAAUUAUUAUGCGAUUGGUCCAACGUUAAACUGUCAAAUUUAAACAAACAAAACAAGUUUUGCUGAGGUCAGUGCAAGACAUCCAAGAUUGUCUUGCGCUUUUCACACUCUGUAUGUUCAAAAACCAACAGAAGUCUUUCUUGGAUAAUUGAUCGAAACAAACUAAAUGGGAGCAACAGGCAGUUCUGGUCUCCUGAACCCCUCUCCAACCAGCAUAGUAGCCAAGAGUUGAAUUUGUAGUCAAUAUUCACUGGAUUUAGGAGUCUCCUUUAUUCAGAAGCAGAAUGCCAUUUUGGACAAGUUUAGUAGCCAAGAGUUACCCCAAAACCCUGGUCAGAACUUCCUCUUUAAUUAGGAAAUGUGGAGUAAAAACACCCUUUCCUCUCUUCACCUUUCCCCUUCCAACAGACCGACUGCAAUCAGUCAGAUUAGACAAGCGCAUCGCCUCUGCCUGCUCUUCGCUUACCUGCCCUUUAAUCCAUCAACGCCAAACCCCAGCGAUGCAGAGCUGCUUAGGCUAACAAGCACCGGAGAAUGCUAGCUUAUGUAUGGACAGAUAAAUAUUUUAUUGUAGUCCGCAGUCUGGAAGCAGCUUCCUGCAUUAUUCAGACACCCAAUCUGAUUUUGUGUGUGUGGAGGGAAUCAAUGAAGCGUGUCAUUUUAAGGGUUUUUGUUUUGCAGGGAGGGGAGGUUGGCGAGGGUCGUCCUGGCACUAUGUAGACUUUUGCGGAUGUUAUGAGAGUGAGGGGUAAGCCCUACCAUGCCCAUGUGUCCCCCUUAAUGUAUGCCAGCCAACAACCAAAGCAACUCAGGAAUUCCACACUAACAUUGAAUGAGUGCCAUUGUUUUGCAAAAUCUGACUCACACUGUACCUUGGUCCUUACCCUAGUGAUAAACUGCCUAUUUUCAUUCAGCAACAAACCCUAACAACCAUUAAGUCUUAACCAGUUGAAUCUUAAAGGUGCAAAUUGCAAAAUGGGACUGGGGGUUACUCCCCGGCCUCCCGUGCUAGUUAGUAAAGAGUUCCAUUGCACCCUACUGCUCUUCCUGCCUCCCCCUUUGCCUCCCCCUGCCUGCUUGCUAUUGAAUGGCUAGGAAUUGACAUGCGGGAUGUACCCGCCUGCCGUUAUAGGAUUAGUGUAUUACUGUUUGGACUGAAAAUGAAAGGGGGCGCUGGGCAAGAUGGCCAUCUUUAAUGAGAGAAGAGCGGAACAACCCAAGAAAGUUACGAGGGGAGGGAGGGAGAAGUGGAUAGACUAACUGCAGUUCUGCGAGAGCCAAGUUAAAACUUUCAUAGUAACCCAAGAAAGUAUAGAUAUGUCUGGUGAAUUUAGCCACCAGUCUGAUGUUGAACUGUUAAACUCUUCCUGUUGAACACAGAACAAGGGAGAUCUUGGUUUGUUGUUUUGAAAGUGUAGUGGAAAGUUUCUUAGUAGCUAGCUAACUUUUUAGUUUGCAUCCAGCGACACAUUUGGCAUCAGUAUCUCGAGGGACAAUCAAGGCGAAACAACAUGGUUGUGGACGGAAUUGCAGAAUCCCCACAUGAGACCUGGACGGAGUCUGAGGACAAAGUGAGGGAAAUGAUCUCUAAGAAAUUGAAGAUGGACCCACCGGAAGAUUGAGGUGGAGCGCACCCACAGGACUGGAAAACCCACCACCGGCCCUGAAUAUUGAUUGGUAUUCAUCAAGCUGUCCGCUCAAGAGGAAGCUUCUCACUGUAACCAGUGCCUGUAAUCUGGUUCAGGUUAUUAAUCAACCUACCAGGAUGUUUACAAACACUACAGGGACAAGAUGAUCCACAUGUAUCGAUCACAUUUUUACUAAUACUGUAGAACUUUGUUCUAAAGCUGUAUCCGUACUCAUUGGAUGCAGUGAUCCCAAUAUUGUGGCUAUAUCCAGGAAAUCCAAAGUUCCAAAAGCUGGGCCUAAAAUAGUGUAUAAGAGAUCAUACAAAAUAUUUUGCUGUGACUCUUUUGUGGAUGAUGUUAAAAAUAUUUGUUGGUCCGAUGUGAUUAAUAAGGAGCAUCCAGAUGCUGCGCUUGAUGAAUUUAUGAAAUUGCUUCUUCCAAUUAUUGAUAAACAUGCACCUGUUAAGAAACUGACUGUUAGAACUGUUAAGGCUCCAUGGAUUGAUGAGGAAUUGAACAACUGUAUGGCUGAAAGCGAUGGGGCAAAAGGAGUGGCUAAUAAGUCUUGCUGCACAUCUGACUUACUGCAAAUUGAGAAAUGAUGUGACUAAACUCAACAACAAAAAAAGAAGAAACUGUAUUAUGAAGCCAAGAUCAAUGAUAUAAAGAAUGAUGGAAAAAAACUUUGGAGUACUUUAAAUGAAAUUAUGUGCAGAAAGACAAAUUAUUUUAUCGAAUCAGAUUGCUUAUUCAUCACAAAACCAUUUGAAGUUGCAAAUUAUUUUAAUGAUUACUUAAUUGGCAAAGUGGGCAAACUUAGGCAGGAAAUGCCAACAACGAACAGUGAGCCAUCGUAUUCAUGCAUAAGAAAACAAAUAAUGAAAGAAAAGCUUUGCAAGUUUGAAUUUUGUAAAGCUAGUGUGGGAGAGGUGGAAAGAUUAUUGUUAAAGAUCAAUAGUCUUUAACAAACCUGGCAUUGACAACUUAGAUGGAAAGCUACUGAGGAUGGUAGCUGACUCUAUAGCCACUCCUAUCUGUCAUAUCUUUACUCUGAGCCUAGAGGAAAGUAUUUGUCCUCAGGUCUGGAGGGAAGCCAAAGUAAUUCCGCUACCCAAGAGUGGUAAAGCAGCCUUUACUGGUUCUAACAGCAGACCUAUAAGCUUGCUGCCAGCUCUUAGCAAACUGUUGGAAAGAAUUGUGUUUGACCAAAUACAAUGCAAUUUCUCUGUAAACAAAUUAACAACAGAGUUUCAGCAUGCUUAUAGAGAAAGGCACUCAACAUGUACUGCACUGACACAAAUGACUGAUGAUUGGUUGAAAGAAAUUGAUAAUAAGAAGAUUGUGGGAGCUGUACUGUUAGAUUUCAGUGCAGCCUUUGAUAUUAUUGACCAUAACCUGUUGUUGAAAAAAAGCGUAUGUGUUAUGGCUUUUCAACCUCUGCCAUAUCGUGGAUUCAGAGCUAUUUAAUAGAACUCAAGGGGUUUUCUUUAAUGGAAGCUUCUCUAAUGUCAAACAUGUAAAGUGUGGUGUACCGCAGGGCAGCUCUCUAGGCCCUCUACUAUUUUCUAUUUUUACCAAUGACCUGCCACUGGCAUUAAACAAAGCAUGUGUGCCCAUGUAUGCUGAUGAUUCAACCAUAUACUCAUCAGCAACCACAGCUAAUGAAGUCACUGAAACCAUUAACAAAGAGUUGCAGUCUGUUCUGGAAUGGGUGGCCAGUAGUAAACUGGUCCGGAACAUCUCUAAAACUAAGAGCAUUGUAUUUGGUACAAACCAUUCCCUAAGUUCUAGACCUCAGCUGAAUCUGGUAAUGAAUGGUGUGGCUGUUGAACAAGUUGAGGAGACUAAAUUACUUGGCGUUACCUUAGAUUGUAAACUGUAAUGGUCAAAACAUAUAGAUUCAAUGGUUGUAAAGCUGGGGAGCGGUCUGUCCGUAAUAAAGAGAUGCUCUGCUUUUUUGACACCACAUUCCAAAAAGCAAGUCCUGCAGGCUCUAGUUUUGUCUUAUCUUGAUUAUUGUCAAGUCGUGUGGUUGAGUGCUACAAGGAAAGUCCCAGUUAAGCUGCAGCUGGCCCAGAACAGAGCUGCAUGUCUUGCUCUUCAUUGAAAUCAGAGGGCUGAUAUAAAUACAGUGAGGGAAAAAAGUAUUUGGUCCCCUGCUGAUUUUGUACGUUUGCCCACUGACAAAGACAUGAUCAGUCUAUAAUUUUAAUGGUAUGUUUAUUUGAACAGUGAGAGACAGAAAAACAACAAAAAAAUCCAGAAAAACGCAUUUAAUAAAUGUUAUCAAUUGAUUUGCAUUUUAAUGAGGGAAAUAAGUAUUUGACCCCUCUGCAAAACAUGACUUAGUACUUGGUGGCAAAACCCUUGUUGGCAAUCACAGAGGUCAGACGUUUCUUGUAGUUGGCCACCAGGUUUGCACACAUCUCAGGAGGGAUUUUGUCCCACUCCUCUUUGCAGAUCUUCUCCAAGUCAUUAAGGUUUCGAGCCUGACGUUUGGCAACUCGAACCUUCAGCUCCCUCCACAUAUUUUCUAUGGGAUUAAGGUCUGGAGACUGGCUAGGCCACUCCAGGACCUUAAUGUGCUUCUUCUUGAGCCACUCCUUUGUUGCCUUGGCCGUGUGUUUUGGGUCAUUGUCAUGCUGGAAUACCCAUCCACGACCCAUUUUCAAUUCCCUGGCUGAGGGAAGGAAGUUCUAACCCAAGAUUUGACGGUACAUGGCCCCGUCCAUCAUCCCUUUGAUGCGGUGAAGUUGUCCUGUCCCCUUAGCAGAAAAACACCCCCAAAGCAUAAUGUUUCCACCUCCAUGUUUGACGGUGGGGAUGGUGUUCUUGGGGUCAUAGGCAGCAUUCCUCCUCCUCCUCCAAACACCGCGAGUUGAGUUGAUGCCAAAGAGCUCCAUUUUGGUCUCAUCUGACCACAACACUUUCACCCAGUUCUCCUCUGAAUCAUUCAGAUGUUCAUUGGCAAACUUCAGACGGGCAUGUAUAUGUGCUUUCUUGAGCAGGGGGACCUUGCGGGCGCUGCAGGAUCUCAGUCCUUCACGGCGUAGUGUGUUACCAAUUGUUUUCUUGGUGACUAUGGUCCCAGCUGCCUUGAGAUCAUUGACAAGAUCCUCCCGUGCAGUUCUGUGCUGAUUCCUCACCGUUCUCAUGAUCAUUGCAACUCCACGAGGUGAGAUCUUGCAUGGAGCCCCAGGCCGAGGGAGAUUAACAGAUCUUUUUGUGUUUCUUCCAUUUGCGAAUAAUCGCACCAACUGUUGUCACCUUCUCACCAAGCUGCUUGCCGAUGGUCUUGUAGCCCAUUCCAGCCUUGUGUAGGUCUACAAUCUUGUCCCUGACAUCCUUGGAGAGCUCUUUGGUCUUGGUCAUGGUGGAGAGUUUGGAAUCUGAUUGAUUGAUUGCUUCUGUGGACAGGUGUCUUUUAUACAGGUAAAAAGCUGAAAUUAGGAGCACUCCCUUUAAGAGUGUGCUCCUAAUCUCAGCUCGUUACCUGUAUAAAAGACACCUGGGAGUCAGAAAUCUUUCUGAUUGAGAGGGGGUCAAAUACUUAUUUCCCUCAUUAAAAUGCAAAUCAAUAUAUAACAUUUUUGACAUGCUUUUUUCUGGAUUUUUUUGUUGUUCUUUCUCUCACUGUUCAAAUAAACCUACCAUUAAAAUUAUAGACUGAUAAUUUCUUUGUCACUGGGCAAACGUACAAAAUCAGCAGGGGAUCAAAUACUUUUUUCCUUCACUGUACUGUGCAUGCCAGUCUCUCUUGGCUAAGAGUUGAGGAGAGACUGACUGCAUCACUUCUUCUUUUUAUAAGAAACAUGAAUGUGUUGAAAAUCCCAAAUUGUUUGCAUAGUCAAUUCACACACAGCUCUGACACACACACUUACCCCACCAGAUAUGCCACAAGGGGUCUUUUCACAGUCCCCAAAUCCAGAACAAAUUCAAGAAAGUGUACAGUAUUAUAUAGAGCCAUUAUUGCGUGGAACUCCGUUCCAUCUCAUAUUGCUCAAAUGAACAGCAAACCUGGUUUCAAAAAACAGAUAAAGCAACACCUCACAGCACAACACCUUUCCCCUAUUUGAGCUAGAUAGUUUGUGUGUAUGAAUUGGUAUUGAUAUGUAGGUUACGUGUGCCUUUUAUUUAAUUUAAAUUUUUUGAUGUAGUUCUGUCCUUGAGCUGUUCUUGUCUAUUAAGGUUCUGUAUUAUGUCAUGUUUCAUGUUUGUGUGGACCCCAGGAAGAGUAGCUGCUGCUUUUGCAACAUCUAAUGGGGAUCCUAAUAAAAUACCAAAUGUGGAGGGUAGCAACAUUUCUGAGUUGUCAUUGUCUAAUGCAAUUAUUAUUUUUGUCUGUGUGACUUCUCUGUGUGAAUACGCAGAGAGUAGUGUACAUAGCCCCUCCAAACCAUUCGAAUUCUCACCAUUCGGCCCAUUCCCUUGCCAAACUGUACACCCCCCCCAUCCCCUUGUUAAAGAUUGUGACCACCGGUAAGUUAUGCAUUAUUCAUUACAGCGAUGUCGUCCGUUGAUGGAUUGCUGUUUGAGAGCCCUGUCCGUUAAAUAAAUCUACAAAUAAAAAUGCAAAUUCUCACAUUUCAAGAGGGAGCCCGGCCAAAGUUUCACUCCCUCCCUCUAUCUUCCCAAAGCUGCACUCUUUAAUUCUCGCUCUCUCACUUUCUCACUCUCUCUCCCAUUCUCUAUCUCUCUCUCUCUCUCGCACACACUGUCAUUCCUCUCCCCACUAACUGCUAUUGACAGGUAGAAGGAGACCAAAUGAAGAAGACAGAUUUACUUACUUUAGCUUCAAUCACGUUUAUUUCCCAGCGGGCCUUAUCCCCUAUAGGUGUCCCCUCUGUUUUCUCUCUUCAAUCUCACAGAUUCAUUCAAUGUACUGUACAUAGAUUUUCAAAAGAACUUGAUGGAAAACUACAGUGAUCAUUCUUUCUACACCAAUUAAAGCCAUGAAGUUAAAACACAGAAAAUAAAACUAUAAAUAUUAUGUUAACAAACACAAGACUCUGACCGCACAUGCCAACUGUUGGCCCUCAGAAUCUCGGAAGCACGCAGAUGCAAAUCAAUGCUGCUUAAAACGAGCAUAGAAUUAUGUUAGCAACAUCGGUGGAGCAUGCUUUAAGAAUUCAUGUUUUCUAUCAGGAAUGCACUCGUCCAACUGUGUACACACUGAAUAAUUUAUCAAGCAGCCAGACUGAAGGAUUGAAUCUCUAUUAGCUUAAUCUCUCGCUUUGGUUUAUUUCUUCCCUCAUUCGUAUUCUGGUAGAGAAUGGCCCUGUGCGCCCUCACUCGCUCUCUUUCUGUUGCACCUGUAACAUCUAAUGCCCUUCUGCUUGUCGACCCCAGGCCUUUAGACUUUUAACGCUGGUUGUGUUAGGCAUCAAUGGACACUACAGAACAGAAACAUUUUAUUAGCAGUUCAUCCGUAUAGGGAUAUCCUUUCAUAUCUUCUGUAUGUUAACAAAUACGAGUUGUACUACACAUUUGCACUACAAGCUUUGUGCCACAGACAUGCUUUGGCCUUGUGCCUUGUCUAGUUCCUGUUAAGCAAUAGGAUAACAUGAAUGCUGGAGAGUUUUAAGAAAGGACAAUAUUACAAAGGCAAUAUUGCGAUUAUGUUAGCAAGAAGACUUAUCAUAGUUAUCAAAUGCGUUUUCAUUCAUUGAUUCCUCUCUUCAUCUUUGUUUUUGCUCCAGGUUGGACUCCUCCUUGAUUGAGUUGUUGGAGGUCUUCAGUCCCAUCUCUUUGCCCAAGCAAGGCAACCCUCCCCGACGCCCGCCUCUCCUCAGUGCCCCCAAACCAGCCCACCAAGCUCUACUCUCCCACCCUGGCCCCUACCGGACCCCCCAGCAGGACCUGGAGGAGAGCCAGAUACUGGAAGAAAUCUUCUUCAUUUGCUGA